CUCCCGAAGGCGGCGCGGAUCACGCACGGCCGCGCCUGGUCCGGCGGCACGGUCUGCGCGUCGCUCUGCCGCCUCGCGCCGGGCGACCGCUUGUACAGCCCGCUGCCGCUGUUCCACGCUACCGCGGGGCUGCUCGGCCUCUGGGGCUGCGUGCGCGCGCGCGCGGCGCUCGUCGUGCGGCGCAAGUUCUCGGCGCGCCUCUUCGCGUCGGACUGCGCGCGCUGCGGCGCCGCGGGCUGCCUCUACGUCGGCGAGCUCGCGCGGUUCGUCGUCGACGCCGCGGGCGAGGCGUCGCCGCGGUCCGACGCGGUGGCGCUGCGCUUCGCGUUCGGCAACGGCAUGCCGCGCGACGGCACCUGGCGCGACUUCGAGCGCGUGCUCCACAUCGAGCGCGUCAUCGAGUUCUACGGGUCGACGGAGGGCAACGUGAACCUCUUCAACAACCUGGGCCGCGUCGGCGCGGUCGGCAUCAUGCCGCGCGCGCUCAUGCCCGUCUACCCCGUCUUCGUCGCGCGGCUCGCGGAGGUCGGCGACGAGGAGGCGGCGGCGGCGCCCGUGCUGCGGCGCGACGCCGACGGUCUCUGCGAGUUCUGCGAGCCCGGCGAGGUCGGCGAGCUGCUCGGGCGCGUCGACGCGCGCGACCCGAGCCGGCGCUUCGACGGCUACGCGGACGCGGCCGCGACGUCCCGCAAGCUCGCGGAGCACGUCAAGCGGCGCGGCGACGUCUACUUCCGCUCCGGCGACCUCGUGUCCUUCGACCGCCUGGGCUUCCUCUACUUCGCGGACCGCGCGGGCGAGACGUUCCGCUCUGUGUGGAAACCAACCACUGGUUUGGGUGGUCCUGACCAAACUUGA